ACUGUAGCUCGAGUUGUGUACAUAAUAAAAGUCCUGGAGCAGCAUAAGUUCAGUGCUGGAUGUUAUGAGGAGUUUCUUUAAGGUUGUGUUGAGUUUUAUUAAUAAGUCUAAUGUCUAAACUGUUUGAGAUAAGGCCUGAGGUGAGAUGCAGCGCGACGGGGUUCUGGUCAGCCUGUGAGGUGUGGAUACAGAAGCCCCAUGUGGUGAAUAAGCGGCUGUGUGGAGUGAAGGAGGGGCGGUAUGAGGAGGCUGUGAACACAGAGGGGCUUCAGCGCUCUCUGGCACUACUGUUAACCCGGACUCCUGCCCAGGACCUGACCCAGCUUCUCCAGUUUAUUCACCGCAGCGCUGCUGAGAGUGAACAGCAGAGCUGGAGUGUGGGGGUCAGAACCAUUAUACCUAAAGUAGCUUCAAACAGCAGCGGAGCAAACCUGUGCAGAGAGAUUAUAGUCAAAGAUUUCAUUAGGCAAGCAGUGACGUUUCUCCCUAUAGAAGAAAACAGUGAAGGACCGGUUAUUCUCAAGAAAAGUAAUAUUUAUCAGAUCCAGUUUGAGGAGGAGUCAGGUGACUGUGUGCUGUCUCUCCAUGCCCUGAACCCUGAUCAGUGGUACAGUGAUGGUGUGACCUACCCCAAACUGUCCUGGCUGGAAGCAGAGCUUCUUCCUAAACUAGCACGCUGGGCCACAGAUAACAAAAGCAGUGAGUUCAAGAGCACUCUGUCCCUCAUUCCUGUGGAGAAGUACAGCAUUCUCUACCAGGAGCUGAAGACCAAAUACAAAGACAUUGUAAAGGUCUGGCCUGAAGUUACUGAUCCUGAGAAAUUUGUCUUUGAAGAUGUGGCCAUUGCAACGUAUCUCCUGGUUUUGUGGGAGGAAGAGCGUGCUAAAAAAGGAUUAACAUCCAAACAAUCUUUUGUGGAUCUGGGAUGUGGGAAUGGUCUGCUAGUUCACAUAUUAAACAAUGAAGGGCACCCUGGAAAGGGUAUAGAUGUACGCAAGCGGAAAAUCUGGGAUAUGUACGGCCCAGAUACACACCUAGAGGAAAAGGCAAUCACGCCCAGCGCAAGUUUCCUCUUCCCUGAGACGGACUGGCUGAUUGGAAAUCACUCGGAUGAGCUCACACCAUGGAUCCCUGUUAUAGCAGCCAGGUCGUCCUACUCCUGCCGCUAUUUUGUGCUCCCCUGCUGCUUCUUUGACUUUUUUGGGAAAUACCAGCGCCGGCAGUGUAAGAAGUCUCAGUACAGGGAGUACAUAGACUUCAUCUCUGAUGUCAGUGGAGUGUGUGGCUUCCAAACAGACGAAGACUGCCUGAGGAUCCCCUCCACCAAACGGGUAUGCCUAAUUGGCAGGAGUAGGAGUUAUAAGGAGCCUGAAGGAGCAGAGGCAGAUGUGAGAAGAGCAGACUACAUCAGGGGACGGCAAGUCUCGAGCUCAAGCUCAUCUGAUGUCACUCAGAAAGACCACAGUAGACAUAAUCACCAUGAAGAUGGACAGGAGAUCCCGGCAGCAGGAAGUGACUGGGGAAGCGGCUUCCAGCCCAGAGAGAAGAUCGAGACAGUGAGAAACUGUGCAGCUCUCCCUAGAGAUCUGAUAGACGCUGUGGUCCUGAAGGUGGCCAGGGCUUUACUAGGGCUCACUGCAGAGGCGGGAGAGGAGGAGAACAGGUCCUCGCUGAAGGAUACAAAUAAGUGGAAUACUGGAGGCUCUCUCUCUAUCCGUGAGGUAGCCGAGCUCCUGGAUCAUUCCACCUUGCAGACACUGAAGAAGGAGUGUGGAGGUCUGCAGACUCUGCUUAAAAACAGCCACCAGGUGUUCAGAGUGGAGGGUGGAAGAGUGCACAUUCGGGACUGGCGUACCAGUGCUGCAGGUCAGAGAACUCGUGUAAACUUAAAGAACAAAUCGCAAAUCUCAGGAGCGCUGAAAACUAGAGAGUGUUGGUUCCACACCCACCACCCCAACGGAUGCCCACUGUCCACUGAAGACUGCCUCUUUGCUCACGGGGUGGAUGACCUGCGGCCUUCCACACGUCCUCUAAAGAAGUUCAAGCACUGACUGUGAUUAAUGUGACUGUCUGUAAAAAGUUUUUUUUUUUUUUUUUUUUUUUUUUCUUGUGCAAUUUGAAAUCAUGGGUUUUUAAUUUCAGAGAAUACUGAACUAUUUUUGGCUCAUUGCUAUGUGUAAAUAAUCACUGGCCUUUUAUUUAUCUGCUCCUAUUUGCAAAACAAAUGGAUUUUCUCUCAGCAAACAUAUUCCUGUUUCGUGACAACAGAACAAUAAACACCCAAAACUGUGAAAGAUCAA